CGCAAACUGUAUGGGUAAUGAUGAAUGUCCAUUGACAUUAGAUGAUGCUGGCGGCGUUUUAGGACAUGCAUACUUUCCUGACUCUAGCGGCACCUGUAGAGAAAUCCAUUUAGAUAUAAAUGAACGCUGGUAUUUUGGAAAUAAUCCUAAUAUACCCAAAAAUCAAACUAGUUUUCUUAUGGUGUUGGUUCAUGAAAUUGGACAUGCCCUCGGCAUAGCACAUAGUGCUUCUCCGAAUGCUAUUAUGUUUGCCUUCUAUCAGCAUGAGAUUCGUGGUCUAGAUGUUGAUGAUAUAAAUGCAGUACAAUAUCUAUAUGGAAGAAAAAACAAAUAUGAUUCAAUCCCAACGUCUACCACCGCAUCAGCAAUACCAAAAACAACAACAACUAUAAGAUCUACAACUCAGUUUGCAGUAAGGGGGAGAAAUCUAGUCAUCAUGCUAAAACAAAUAGCGAGAAAACUGAUAAGCAUACAGAAAAGCAUAUUAGCUGCAGUCAUAGCAAAAUCGAGCAAAAGUAGUGAAAGAUAUAAAAGCGGAUCUCCUCAUAAAGGCAGUAGUAGCAAAGAGAAGGAUACGUCUAAGCAUACAUCUAGUAGACAUGACGAUGAACGAAAGCGCAAAAAAAUGGAUUUUACUGCAAGUUCAGAAUCAGAAUCAAACACAAAAGUCUACACUUCAAAUGAAUCUUUACUAUAA